CUUGCACAGUGCGGUACGCUGUGGGAGAGAAAGACAACGAGCUAAACAUACAAUGGCGAUGGCGGCGACAACGGCAGGAACAGGCUCGGGCGGACCAGCAUCUGGCCCUGUCGGCAGCGGAACAGCAGUAGGAAGAAAGAAAGAUGGUGGUCCAUCAACGAAAUUUUGGGAGAGCUCAGAAACUGUGUCCCAGCUGGAAUCGGUUCGACUCUGGAUUGGAAAGCACUACAAGAAGUAUGUCCAGAACGAUUCCCCAUCCAGUAAAUCGUUGGCCGGUUUGGUGGUCCAAUUGCUGCAGUUUCAGGAGGAUGCGUUUGGACGCAGGGUCAACAAUCCUGCUCUUACUAAGUUGCCUGCAAAAUGUUUUAUGGAUUUUAAGGCAGGAGGGGCUCUCUGUCACAUCCUGGGAUCAGUCUAUAAGUUUAAGAGCGAGCAGGGAUGGCGCCGUUUUGAUCUGCAGAAUCCGUCUCGAAUGGACAGGAAUGUGGAAAUGUUCCUUAAUGUAGAGAAGAACCUCGUACAGAAUAACUGUUUGACUCGGCCCAUCGUCUUUUUGUCACCUGACGUUGAACCCAAACAAGCCAGUAAGCUCAAAGACAUCAUCAAAAGACACCAGGGCUCCAUCACUGAGGACAAGUCUAAGGCUACUCACCACAUUUACCCUUCUCCGGGUCAACAAGAAGAAGAGGAGUGGCUACGCCCAGUCAUUAGGAAAGACAAACAGGUUCUUGUUCAUUGGGGUCUUUAUCCAGACAGCUAUGACACGUGGGUUUCAGCCGGUGAGGUGGAUGCUGAUGUGGAAGACCCACCAAAUGGUGACAAACCCUGGAAGGUUCACGCCAAGUGGGUUUUAGACACAGAUGCCUUUAAUGAGUGGAUGAACGAGGAAGACUACGAGGUGGACGAGAACAAAAAGCCUGUCAACUCCCGGCAGAGGAUCUACCCCAAAGAGGAAGAGUCUUCCCGUACACCCGAUCGCAAGGAGCGCAAGGCCAACUCCGCUGGCAAGAAGAGGAGGCGCUCGCCUUCACCUCCCAGCACUCCCGCAGAGUCCCGCAAGAAGGGAGGAAAGAAGGGGAAUCCAGGCUCUCACUGGAAGCGACGGGGCCACAGAGGAGAAGAGGAGGACAUGGAGGAGGACAUGACAAAGGACUUGGACGAGUCCUCAGCCGGUGCCAGCAUGGAGGAGGGCAGUAUGUCUAAGAAUGAUGACAUGGAGGAUGACUCUGUAAUGUCUGGUGGAAAGGAUGAUGAGGAACAAAACAAAGGAGAAGUGAACCGAAUGACAGAUGCCAACGAGGAUAAUGUGACCGAACAGACUCAUCACAUCAUCAUUCCGAGCUACGGAGCUUGGUUUGAUUACAACAGCAUCCACGAGAUUGAACGAAGAGCCCUGCCUGAGUUUUUUAACGGGAAAAACAAAUCCAAAACUCCAGAAAUAUAUUUGGCGUACCGGAACUUCAUGAUUGACACGUAUCGGCUGAACCCCCAGGAGUACCUCACCUCCACUUCCUGCCGCAGGAACCUGACAGGAGAUGUCUGCGCCAUCAUGAGGGUUCAUGCCUUCCUGGAGCAGUGGGGUUUAGUCAACUACCAGGUGGACUCUGAAAGCCGCCCGCUCCCCAUGGGCCCCCCACCCACACCUCACUUCACUGUCCUGGCUGACACCCCGUCCGGCCUCAUGCCGCUUAACCACAGACCGCCAACGAUUCCUCCUCAGCAGCCGAUGCCUAAUUUUGCAGAUAAAAGCAAAGAUAAACCCAUCGACCUGCAGAACUUUGGCCUUCGUGCUGACCUCUACAGCAAGAAAAACACUAAGUCUAAAGCAGGCAUCGCCACCAGAGACUGGACUGAGCAGGAGACUCUUCUUCUCUUGGAGGCCCUGGAGAUGUUCAAAGACGACUGGAACAAAGUAUCUGAGCAUGUCGGUUCACGCACCCAAGACGAGUGUAUCCUCCACUUUCUGCGGCUGCCUAUCGAAGAUCCCUACCUGGAGAACACAGAGGCGUCUCUGGGUCCGCUGGCUUAUCAGCCCAUACCCUUCAGCCAGUCUGGAAACCCUGUGAUGAGCACCGUGGCGUUCCUGGCCUCUGUGGUUGAUCCCAGAGUGGCCUCUGCUGCAGCCAAGGCAGCUUUAGAGGAGUUUUCUCGCGUUCGUGAAGAGGUUCCAGCAGAGUUGGUGGAAGCUCAUGUGAAGAAGGUGCAGGAGGCGGCGAGGAGUACAGGAAAGGUUGACCCCACCUUUGGCCUGGAGAGCAGCGGGAUCGCUGGAACUGCUCCCGAGGAGCCAGAAAAGACUGAAACUACAGAGCCAGAAAAGAUGGAGGCAGACACAGAAUCCCAACAGGCCGAUAAGGCUGAGAUGAAGGAUGAGGCAGAGAAACCGAGCGAGUCUGCAGAGAAGAGCGAAAAAACCGAAACAACAGAUAAGGUGAAGAAAGAAGGAGCGGAGCCAUUGGAACGCGAUGAGGAGAAGGAAGAGGAGGGAGAAGCAAAGGCGUCUCCAGUCGCAGAGAAAGAUAAGGAGGAGGCAAUGGAGACGUCGUCUUCCGAGCAGGAGAAAGAAAAGGAGGAGAAGGAAACCACAGAGGAGGGAGAAGAGAAGAGGAAGAAGCUGGAACAUGACAUUGGCGAGGGAAACAUUGCUACAGCUGCUGCUGCUGCGCUUGCUUCUGCUGCCACCAAGGCCAAGCACCUGGCAGCAGUCGAGGAAAGGAAGAUCAAGUCUCUGGUGGCUCUGCUGGUGGAGACCCAGAUGAAGAAACUGGAGAUCAAGCUGAGGCACUUUGAGGAGCUGGAGACCAUCAUGGACCGCGAGAAAGAGGCCUUGGAGCUUCAGCGGCAGCAGCUCCUCACAGAGCGACAGGCGUUCCACAUGGAGCAGCUCAAGUACGCAGAGAUGAAGGCACGCCAGCAGAUGGAGCAGCAAGCUGCCGCUGCAGCCGCCGCCGCUGCUCAGGCCCAAGGGCAGGGACAACCCCCCGGUCCCGGACAUCACCACGGGCCCCAGGGUCCUGGACCCCAUUCUGGACCCCCUCCACCAGGCAUGCACCCUGGAGGGCCUCCACCCCACCACGGAGCGCCUCCACCUCACCACGGAGCACCUCCACCCCAUCUUGGAGGUCCUCCUGCUGCUGCAGCAAUGCACCCUGGUUACCCGCCCAUGGCUCACCACCCCAUGGCCCCCCACCACCCUGGACCGACGGGACCGAUGGGACCAGGUCAGCCAAUGCCUGGGCGUAUGAUGUCCGGGCCACCGUCUGCCGGACCCCCUCCUGGGGGAAUGCCUCCCAUGAUGCCUCCCCGUCACCCGGGAGCUCCCAACGGCAUGUAUCCCGGCCCCCCUCCAGCGCAGCCCGAGGCCAUCCCUCCAGCCCCCGUGGGACCCCCGGCCCCUCAGAGUGGACGAGUGGCUGACAACUGAGGGCCUCACACAAAAAGCACACACGCUUAAGACGAAACUGUUUCUAAAUAUCAGCCUGUGUUUGAUGACUUUUGCUACUGACACAACAUUUUUCCCUCCUUACCCAAAACCGCAUUUUCAAAGGACAGACACAUACUCGGGGUGGAGCGACGAACUUUCCAGUCACACGUGCAGAUUUCCUGUCAGGCUCAGCUGCAAGGUUUGUUUGGUAAUGGACAGUUAAAGGACCCUGUGUACAGGAGGCAACGAAGGUGAUAAAUAGUCUACCUUCAUUUUUGUUUCACCACUAGGGGGAGCUUGUGAGACUCGAGGGCCAAUCAAACCUUUACCACACAUUAAUUGAUCCGACUUAACAUAAAGACAGACAUGGGGAACCCAGCCUGCCCCGCUCCUAUCCAGUAUCUACCUCGCUCCUCUUUAACUGAUACACUGAACUUCUGUGUGUGUCUGCGAACGCGCGACGGAUCAAAACUCGCUUUUUAAAGCCAAUCAGACCUGAAUGAGGCUCAUAAAGAAUGAGAAGCAGAAAGACUGAAACCAAAGUUUAUUCAAAGUUGUGCUGCAUUUGAAAAAAUGCACUCUUCAUUUGACCUAAACAUAUUAACCGUUUAUAAUUAACGGCAAUAUUGAAACAUGCUCAGCAGAUUCACAAUGUACAGAGAAGUUAACACACUUUAAACCAAUUUCUUUUCAAAUAAAAUAGGAUUCGUUUCAUCUGAAUUUUAGCUGGAAACGUAAAAGACGGAUUCAGUGAAGACACUAUGACAGAAAUAAGUCUGACGCCCCCCCCUGCACAAAGAGGCACACACAGAAAAUGUAAGAUACAACGAGGCGAACACUGGAGGCUGCAUGCACACACACACACCUGGCUACACCCUGCCACAACGCACUGAACCUCGCACAAACAAUCCUGCUGAACUUCACACGGCCUUCACACAGGGAGACGCUGCGAUGUGGCUCGAGUGUGGCGACGCUCUUCCUCAGCUCGGUGGGCUUCUAGAUGUUUAAGGUGCUGUUACUGUAGCGGUUAAACCUCGCCCUUCGUUCCUCCGCUCACUCUUCUUAUGCCUACUGCUGCCUACCUCCUCACACUUUGAGCUUUUCAGCCACUAGACACUGUAAAUCUCAGCGAUAUGUGUUUGUGGACAGAACCGAGAUAAAAUGGCGAGCUUCACAGCCGCUCUUAACUUCAUCUCCUGUGAUGUUAAAAUGCCAGAAAACGAGAUUCAAACACUCUAAACGAAAUCUAUUAUGAAAACAUUUGUUAGUAAAUGGAAAAAGGCCCAAAAAAACCCCCUGAUCUUGUUUAAUAUUUAUCACGUGAAACCUAUUUGCAGUUUAUUUCCAUUUGGAUUCGUAAUGAUCCCCUUUCUUAAAAAGCUGUUCUGUAGCUGAAACGGUUUCAGAGCGGACAGAAAACUGAUUCUUAUUCCUGGUCUUUGGGUUCAUCGGUUCUGUUUGUAGGUCGUGGAUGUGGAGAUAUUUUUGUGUGCGUCUGAAGAGCAUUUCUCUUACAGCCAUUAAAUAUUUGAAGAAAAAUAUAUAUUUACUGUUUUGUCAAAGAUUCAUGCUUUAAACAUCUUGGACACUAUUUUGACCUAAAAACGUCAGUUGCAAAUUGAUGUAAGUUAUUUUAGUUUAGACUUUUAAACUUUUCCUCCCCCUUUGCUCUAGCACUGUUAGUACCUGCUACCUCCUCCUCCAUCAUCAUCAUCAUCUGCUAGCUACCUCUUAGAAAUCUUCCUUGCUCUCUGAUACCUCUGCUCGCCCUUUUGCUACCUCUUGUUCUCUUUACUUUCCUCCUUCCUUCUGCCCACGAUUGCUGCAUCGCUCACUGCUGCCCUCUUCUGCCAGCCUGCAAGAAGAACAAAAACACACACUUCACUCGCGCUCUCACUCACCGAGCUCUCCUUCCUUUAGUAAAAUCAGGCUUUGUCAUGCAUUUUCAUUUCAAUAUGAUGGGUUCCCCUCGCAUUUAUUAUCUCUAAGGGAUGCAUUUUUGUGUUAAUGUAUUUUUAAGGAGAGGUUUUGUUUAGAUGGAAGUUUUCUCUGUUCUUUGUAGCAUUUGUUUUGCUUUUAUUUUAUAUGGCGGUCAUGAUAUUCGGACCUACACACUGUUGAAUAAACUGUUUUUCUAUGA